GUACACUGCUCCUUUACUCUCCAACAGAACUUAUUGUGAUCAUAACACUUUUUAAUGUCGGUAUAGAAUAGCUAGAGCAAAAUUCGGUUGGUGUAUUUAUUUUUCGCAUGUCCUUUGGGUUCUGCUUUUGCUCUUUAACAUGGAAAAUUUCGAGAAGGCCAGGAAGCUGCAGGAACUGGCCGGAAUUCCUUCUCCGGCCGUCACACGAUGCUGCUGCAACUGCAAGCGAAAGCUGGAUCCCUACCAGCUGUUUGACGACAAUGUGGAGGACAUAGCCAAGAGCCUGGCACAGGUAAUGGUGAUCUGCGGCAUCGACACGAGGAAGUGCCGCAUGGCCAGGGGGAUUAUCAAGCGGGCCUUUGUCUAUCACGAGCGCCUGCGCACCAACUGCCCUCCAAAGCCGGCACCGGGAACGCACCUGAAUCGCGAGGAUCUGCUCCAGGCGCUGCGGCUGAAGUGCGAAAUGGAGCCCGUUGAGGCGAUGCUUUCGUACUCAAUCAUCAAACGCGCCUUCAAGGCCUUCUACCACGGCAAGCCGCCGGUGACCAUCAGCAAUCCCAUCGUGGACGCCAUGGCGGUGCAUACCCAGCACUCGGCUUGGAUGCACGCCGCCUUCAAGACCGCCCGCAUCUUCGACAACUACAAGGCGGCCUUCUUCUGGGCCCACCAGCACUACGAGCGUCAGAUCAACCUGGUCUACACUGCGCUGUACCAGCGGAUGACGGCCAGGUCGGAUCCGCUCCUGGUACCUGGCUGCCCGUGCAAGGGCUGCUCCAAGCAGGAGGUGCCCGGCCAUCCCAAGGCUGGUCAGCGGCCGGUGCAGAAGCUCACCUUAUCGGAGGGGGCUGAUCUGCCGGAGCCCUGCAUUAUGUGCGGCCUGCAGAUGCCUCGGAUGACCGCCCAGGAUAUAAAGAUGAAGAAGAAGCCUCCGCGACCCAUCAUCAACCACGAGGUGAACCUGCCGCGGUGUCAGCGGUGCAACUCGCCGUUCCUGAUCUGCGAGUGCAACAUCGAUCAGCUGACCGGAGAGCAGUUCGGCGAGUGCGGCCAGGAUUCGUACAAAGUGAAGUGGUAUCGCGUCGAGGAGCCAGUCCAUGCCACGUCCGACGGUGCCGACGGCGGGACGGAGGAUGAGGAGGCGAAGGGUAGCAACUAUAUGGAGGCCAUGGAACCGCCAGAGGACUGGGACAACCACCACUGCCCCAUCGAUUGCAAGCACGACUCCUGCAGCGAGGCCACAAACGUGUGCCAAGGCACCUCCACUUCCGAGGGGGAGAGCGGCUCGGCCUUUGCCAGCUGCUCGCAGGGAGAAGAGGAUGUCGUGGCCAAGCUGGAGGACUACCUCAACAAGCUGUGGAACGAGGAGGUGGCCCAGAAGAAGGAUCCCUCGUAUGUGCCCAAGACCAUCGAACCUCCGGGUCCCAGGUGUCAAAAGUGUAGCGACUGACACCUUCUCUGUUUCAAAUUUUCUGAAUAUAAAGAUAUGGCUUUGGAG